GGGAGGCUCAGACUCCGCCCACUUCGACUUUAGCCUUAGGGAUGCCCGGGGAUGCUCUGAAGCGCGUGUUCCGUUCCCGGUGAAGCGGGAAUCUAGCGAUUAGUGUUUUACUGAUUCAUGGAUGCAAAAAAUGAAAAUGGUUUCAUCUUGAAGAAAGUUCCUAUUUAAUUUGCCUACAUUCUGAUCAACACUUUGAAGUGUAACUUGAAGAACUCAACAUGGGGUUUGAACAUUAGCCAUCCCUGAUAGUUCCUUUUAUCAUGAUUUCCAGUUUGAAAAUUUGCCAGACUAAAUUUGUCAAAAAAUAUUGGAUCCAAAGUAGAAUGAAUAAGAGAGAAAUGUCUAAUGAUUGCCAGUGCCUUGGAAGAGGGAAUAUAGGAGUCAAAGUUGGAUGCUAGUUAUAUUUUCCAAUGAUAGUGUUUCUUCUAAUAUUCCUGUGAAUCUCAUCCUGAAGAGUUUUCCCUACUUCAACAGCUACUGCAAAAGAUGGAAGAAAGAAAUGGUGAUGCAAAAACUUUUUGGAGGGAGCUAGAAGAGGAUGGGAAAGUGGACUUGAUAUUUGAGCAUGUACAGAAUGUUCUGUUGUCACUCAAACAAAAGAUCAAAGAUGGGUCAGCAACAAAUCAAGAAUAUAUCCAAGCCAUGACCCUAGUGAAUGAAGCAGUUACAACAAGUAACACUUUUCUAUUGAUAAAGGAUGAGGAUAUAACUGACAGAGAAAAUGAGCAAGAAGACAAGACAGGUGUUUUACCUCCAACAUCACAUGAAGAAUCCAAUUCAGAAGACUCCUUGAUUUUAACUGUAGAGGAUAUAGCAGUUCUAACUUUGGAAAAUGAAGUUUCAGAUUAUGAAGACAAGAUAGUAUCUCUGCGUCUGUUUUAUCAGAAUCAUCACUGCUGUGAUACAUGUCUACCGAAAACACCUUUUACCUCCAAAGUGGAAAACCCACUCAUGAUCCCCAUCUUGAGUCAUUUCCAAAGGCGACAUGCAAAGACAAACUCUAAUUGUGCUGCAUUCCAUGUGAAUUAUAAAACUCCUUGUGGAAGGAGUUUGAGGAACUUUAAGGAAGUCCACCGUUAUCUGCUUGAAACAGACUGUAGCUUUUUAUUUUUACAUCAUUUUUCUUUCAAUACCUAUGUGCAGUUGAACAGGAAUUUGCUGAAGAAAGAAGUUUUUGUUUCUGACUCUGAUAUUAGCCACGGAACCGAAUCUGUGCCUGUUACUUUCUGUAAUGAAAUCGACAACAGAAGACUGCCACAUUUCAAGUACCGGAGACGGACGUGGCCACGUGCCUACUACCUCAACAAUUUCUCUGGCAUGUUUAGUAAUUCAUGUGACUGCUCAAAAGGCUGCAUGGAUAUAGAAAAAUGUGCAUGCCUCCAGCUGACCGCAAAGGGCUAUGGUGAGACUUCUGCAUGGUCCAGUGUCAAACCCACUCCUGGCUACAGCUAUAAAAGACUGCAGCAGCCAGUACCCAACGGAAUUUUUGAAUGCAGCCUCUUGUGCAAAUGUGAUCCAAGAACAUGUCAGAACAGAGUGGUCCAGCAGGGUCUCCAGGUGCGCCUUGAGGUAUUCAAAACGGAGAAGAAAGGAUGGGGAGUCCGCUGCCUCGAUGAUAUUGACAAAGGGACAUUUGUUUGUACUUACUCAGGGAGAUUACUAAGCAGAGCUGGCCUGGAGGAAAAUAGCUCCGUUGAAGGAAAAGAGGAAGAGGAAGAGGAGGACACUAUUACCAAUGACAGUGGAUCCCCAGCAUUUUCAAAGAAGAGAAGAAUGGAAGCUGCUUAUUCUGACCCUGAAAUUGAGUUUGUCCAGAUUGAAGUAGGAGCAAUUCCUGGAGACACAGAAACUGAGGAGUACCUGAUUGAGCUUAGCAGUGAUGCAAAUCCUUCCAUUCAGGUUGAAAAUUAUGAAUAUGAUCUAAGAAUUGAAAAUCAACCAGCCAUUAGAAGACCUAAAACUAAAACAGCCCUUCUUCAAAACUUUCGGAAAAAAAGGGGAAUUAUUACACUGGAGCCAGGUAUAAGCUCAGAAGAGGAGGAUGAAACUCAGCUAACCGAAAUCCAAUCAAUCUCCUAUAUCAACAAAAAGAAAAGGGAAUUAAGCUGUCCUGUUGAGUAUUCCAAAGACAAGCUGUGUUCCAUGCUGGUUAACCAUCGCUGUAAAGAAGAAACUCUAAUAGAGAACCCAUGUGAUCGGGCAGCCUCCUUGUGCUAUAGCAGUGAAAUAAAAGAAUAUGAGCUUCAGGAGCAAGUCCUCCAGGAAGAAGGAACAAGAGAAAGGCAGAACCAAGAAAUCCUUUGUGAUGAAGAGUCCCUCUCUGAAACACAAGCAGAUGUUUCAGAGUCUCUGCAGAAAUUUCAGGAAGAUAGCGUUUACUUAUUGGAUGCUACUAAAGAAGGAAAUGUGGGUCGCUUCCUGAAUCAUAGUUGUAAUCCGAAUCUCUUCGUACAGAAUGUUUUUGUAGAGACACAUGACAGAAAUUUUCCAUGGGUGGCAUUCUUCACAAAAAGGCAUGUGAAAGCAGGAACGGAACUGACUUGGGAUUAUGGUUAUGAAGCUGGAAGUAUACCUGAGAAAGAGAUUCCUUGUCAAUGUGGCUUUCACACUUGUAGAAAAAGAACAUCACUCGCGAGAGGCCAAAGGCUGCCGGGGAGAGGAGGGGCUUGGGAGUUCCGAGACGCCCUGCGUGCACUUCUCCCGCCCUCCCUGCGCCGGCCCAAAACCUCCCUCUCUCUUUCUCUGGGCCAGGUGGGCCCUGCCUGCUUGUCAAUCAUGAUGAUGAUGGACGAGGCCCUCCGAGACCCCGCUGGAAUCUUCCAGGAAAGGAUGGUAAAAAUAACUUGUGAUCUGUGUCCUCAAGAUGAUGAACGUGGUAUAAUAUAUGUCUCACAAGAUCUGGAAUUAGUAGCCCACCAAAAUUGUUUGUUAUAUUCAUCAGGACUUGUGGAAUCUGAGAGUGAUCAUCCUUACUUAAAUGAUGAGGAUAGACAUUUUGAUGUGGAGCUAGUGAAAGAAGAAAUCAUUCGAGGAAAAAAACUGAAAUGCUCAUUUUGCCAUAAGAAAGGAGCUACUGUGGGUUGCGACAUUAAAAAAUGUUCCAAGAAUUACCAUUUCUUCUGUGCCAGAAAAGAUCAAGCAACAAUGCAACUUGAUGAAGAUGGUGGAACUUACAGAGUAUUCUGCCCAAAACAUGCCCUUCGAAAAAGCAACCGUGUUCUCCCACCAAAAGUUGAUCUGCUGAAGAAGAUGAAAAAUGCUGGGCUCAUUGAAAAUUUAUUUGAAGCUCUAUUAGAGGAUCUCCAUGGGAUUCAUUGCAAGAUUAAGGACAACACCACCUCAGAAAAAGAGUUAGAAGAAAUUGCAACAUCACUUUUUGACUGUGCCAUAUUUAGAAAAUCAUUGAGAAAAAUAUCUACAGAUACUAGGAUAUCAGAACUUCGAAAUGAGCAGGAACAUUUGCAGAAGAAGAUAGAUGUACUAGAAGUCAUUAGAGAAAACAUGUUUGCUCCUCAGGAAGAUAUACAGCAUUAAAUCCUCAGUUGGUUCUUGACCUUUCUUUUUAACUUACUGGGUCUUAAAUUGGGGACAUAUAUAAUUUUUUAAAAAAUAUUUCAUUAAAAUGCUUGUACCUAUACUAUGACUUCUCAAUGAUUUUCCCCUCCAUUCCAAGUAGAACCCUCUCUUGUAAGUCUUCCCCAUUAGAUUGUGAACUUGAUGUGAACAGUCAUUGGCUUCUGUCUUUUUGUAUUCUCAACACUUAGCACAAUGCCUGGCACAUUGUAGGUGCUUAAUAUUAAUUUUGAUUGAUUGAUUACUCAUUUAUAUGAGUUUAUUUUAUAUGGGUUUAAAAGUCAUAGCUUUUAUUAUGAAAACUACUCAUAUUGAUUCUGUGACUUAAAAAAAGAAAUUGAUCCUUAGUUGUUGUUCAGACCUUUCAUUUUUCUCCAACCCCAUUUAGAGUUUUCUUGGCAAAGAUACUGGAGCAGCCAUUUUACAGAUGAGGAAAAUGAGGCAAACUGAAGUUAAGUGACUUGUCCAGAGUCACACAGCUAAUAAAGAUCUGGGUCUGGAUUUGAAUUCAGAUCUUUCUGAUUCCAGGUGGAACACUCUUACCUACUUUACCACCUUGCUGCCUUUAAUUAAUUCCACUUACAGUUAAAUGAUGUUAUCCUGUAACAGCCUAAGUCAUGAUUGUUCACUGGCCUGUGGUGACUCAAUUUACAGAUCUAGUUUUCCUACUAAUUACUCAUUUCCUACUAAUUAGUGAUCUGUUCUUGUGUCAGAGAACUAUGUUACCUUUGAAGGAAGCAGGUAGAUCCCAGGGAGUCUGGUCUGGUCUCUUACAUCACUAAGCUAAGUGUCCAGGAUGUCCAAUUUGUCAUCCAAAAAACUCUGGCUUGUUAUCUCUGUCCCUGCAGAUGCAAAGACUCAAACAACAAACAUUUCUUAGUCACAGGAGGGGAAUGCUGUGACCAUUCCCAAGCUUCUAUCCAGUCACGUUUUCUUCUAUCUGGGAUGCUAGGCUUCCUGUUUAACGUACUUUCCAAAAUGAUAAAAGAGAAUUGUCUCUUUCCUCCUCCCCGCUCAUUUGAGGUCUUAGCUUUGCAGGGGAAGUGGAGAUCCUAUUUGUUGGUAAACUUGUGCUUUACUAAUAAAUUGAUCAUGCUUGAAA